GUAAUGAUGUCGAGGACCUAUCUGCCCAUUAGCCAAAUCACUGAUGAAACAAGAAACUGGACUGCGCUUAUUCAAGUCGUUAAGAGGGCGCCUAUUCAAGCAAGCAAAAGGUACCAAAGUAGCUGUUGUAGACAGCCAUGGAGGAGUUCGAUGGGCUGCUACUUCCGUACAAGAGAUACUACCUUACUGGAGCAAAAGUGCGGCCAGAAAGCCCGUUGUACCAAGUUGUACCAAGUUGGCCCUUACGAAUUCAAUUGGCUCCUGCAUAAAAAAACUUUAGUUGAAGAGUUACAGGAAGAGGUGCCUCCUCCGCUUUCCAAAUCGAAAUUCAUUCGUUUGUGGACUUGCACAAAUACGCAGAUACAGAAAACCCCAGAAAAGAUGAUGUUGGUCAACAACUUGGCUAAUACAGUGGCAGCUGGGAACAUCAUUUUAGCCAUGAGAACAAGAGUUACGACGUACGCUGAAAAGAAAGCAGAUGUUGCGAAGCUUGUGGAAGAAGGCGUGUAUAAAGACAUAGACAAAUUGUUUCCAUACCCAUCUGCCAGUGAUUUAACCACUACUAAAACUUGUUGGGUCGCUGGCAAGCUGAAAUUUGGAGACAACAGGUCUUUAUGGACAACUAUUUGCAACAAUUGUCGCAAAAUUUAUACUGUACCUCCAAAUACGCCCGUGAAAUGUCGAAGUUGCAAGGAAGAUACCCUUGUUGAAGCAAGGUGUCGAUUGCCGAUUGCAAUUGAAGAUGAAACAGGAAACAUACAUGCAAUGUUGUAUGAUUCGAAUGCUGAACGAGUAAUUCCAUUUAAUGGGACUGACUUAUAUCAAGCCGAGGAACAAGGCGUGGAUUUGACUGCUCAAAUUACAGCAGAGAUGAAUGAACAUCAUGUAGUUUGCUUCAUCAAACACUACGAAUUAACUCACCACACUGUCCUAAAGCUUUAUACAAUAGAUGACAUGCAAGCAGAUAAAAAAUUGCUUAAACCUAAAGAGCUAGCCAAGGAAGGAUCAGCCUCAGCUUCAACCAAGGUAACGGACAAAGAGCUGUUCAGUCCAACGCUAAAAAAUGUUCUUACCUCCCUCACUCCAGCACGUGAAAUGCCUACAACAAUUGCAUCUUCGGAAUCAGCGGUCAAAAAAUGCAUCAGCUUCUACAAUCAGCAAUCCUCCACCCCAAGAAGCAGCAUCCCAUUCACCCAGAUUCCUGAAUCAUCCACCCAACAAACUCAUCAAACCAGUACAAUAUCUAAUGCAAGCCCGACAAGAAAAGUCGUCCAAAAAUAG